GCUGGUGGCAUCAUGGGCUGGACAGCAAGAGCAGGCUCCUUCGUAGUGGAGAAAAUGAAUAUCUUCAGUUACACAGAAAGCGUUCCAAACACAUCUAUUGCCCACAAACAACCAUCGUUCUUAGAAAGAUGUUUAGGUGUGAGUGAUUGGAAAUCAGCUCUUGGAACUGAAGAAGGCACGGCAGAGACGGGAGAAGGUAGCGGGGCAAGCGGAGAAGAAGCAUGGGGAACGCCAUCAUCUGGUGACCUAUCAGACAACCUGCCUGAUUCUGAACAUGGGACAUUAUCGUCACCCACCAAGUCAUCGUCGUCAUACGCUGGCGAUGAUGACACGGAGUUGAUGAUGGACGAGCUUCUCAUGGCACCCACAAUAACCGGACCGACUACCCUCAGGCCGUUGUUACCAAGGGAUGUUUUCAGGAGAAGGCUUGAGCCUCUCCUGGAAGAAGAAUGUUCAGACAGCGGUAGUGAGGACAACAAGGCUACACCCACCAACUCGGAUGACCAGCAGAGGACGGGGGUGCGGGCGCCGCACAAAUUGCUGGAGGGGAGCCAGGUGGUGGCGCCGAGUCAGAGCUGAGCCCCGAUCGGACGCCCACCAACGAAGUACCUUCGAUGCCCUUACAAUCUGUUUCAAGAGAGUGUGUGGAGGUGCGUGCCGCUGCUGCUGCAGCCGGUCGUCGGGGCUCAGCCAGCUCGGCAAGCACGCCCUCCACACUCGAGCGUACCACAAUACACAACCCUACACCACAUCACCCACUUUCACCAGCUUCGGAGCCAGCACAAGUGGAGGAGCCUGUGCAGGAGGAAAAGCCGCCGACUCCGGAGAGACUCAGUCCGCGCGCCGAGA